AUGUCUCUAACUAUUGAUAUGGCCCGUCUAGGGGUCCCCAUCCAGGAAAACGGCAAUGACCAGCGCAGAGAAGGCCCCACAGACGAACGACAUCGUGGUUCGGACCCCAUCCAGAAUACAAAAUACACCCAGUGGCUCAACGUGUCUGGUCUCUGGCUUCAGAAUGAGCUUUGCAACAUCGAAAUGCAAGACCCUACUCAAAGCACAGAUGAAUACAUCACCUUGUCUAGUUAUAGCAACCCAGAGUAUUCAUCCGGGUAG